AUGUUGAAGGCAGUAAGCAUAGUAACGUGUUUAGGUAUAAUUUUAAUUUAUUUUUUACUAAUUACUAUUAUAUAUCCUUAUGUAUGUUGGAUAAAACAUCGACCAUCAGAUGAUGAUGAUUAUAAUUAUUUAUCACCACCGACUGCUAUGAUUAUUAAUAAAAAAUCAACUAAAUUUUGUUUCAUUAAAAAUCAAUUGAAUUUAAUGCCUAUGCCUUCAAAAAUCAUAUUAUUAAAUAAAUCAAAAAAGAUUCGUAUUCCUUCAAUUAUUCGUAUUGAAAGCAAACGUUCUUUACCAUUUUUAAUUGUAAAAUCACAUAAAAGUGCUUCAUUUAUACUUACUAUUGAUUAUCAAUUGGAUAUGAAUAAUAAUUCUUAUCCAUAUUUAGGUAUAGAUGAAUCAUAUCAAUUAAAUAUAACUUCAAAUAAUCGUGCUUUUUUAUAUGCUAAAACAUAUGUUGGCAUAAUUCGUGGUCUUUCAACAUUUCAACAAUUACAGUAUCAUGAUAAGGUGUCAAUACCACUUGUAAUUUUUGAUAAACCUCAAUUUAUUUGGCGUGGUUUAAUGCUUGAUGUUGCACGACAUUUUAUUUCAAUAUCAAUCAUUAAACAAACAAUUAAUUUAAUGCAACUAGUAAAAAUGAAUGUAUUACAUUUACAUUUAUCCGAUGAUCAAGGUUUUCGUCUUGAAUCUAAACGUUUUCCUCGACUUCAUGAUUCACAUGAAUUUUAUUCUCAAUCUGAUAUGCAAAAUCUUAUUGAAUAUGCUCGACAACGUGCUAUUCGUAUUGUACCAGAAUUUGAUAUGCCAGCACAUACAACAUCAUGGUUUAUUGGUUAUCCAUAUUUAGCAAGUAAAAAAAAUAGUUCUUAUGAAUUAGAAAAAAGUUGGGGUAUUAAAACUGCAACAAUGGAUGUAACUCGUCAAAGUACAUAUGAUUUUCUUGAUAAAUUUUUUUCUGAAAUGAUUCAAUUAUUUCCUGAUAAAUAUUUUCAUAUUGGUGGUGAUGAAUGUGAACCAUAUGAAUGGAUGCAAUCAGAACAAAUACAAAAAUUUCUUAAAGAAGAACGAUUGUAUGAUCAUCAAAGUUUACAAGCAUAUUUUACUAGACGAGUAGAAAAACUUUUAAAAAAAUAUAAUCGUGAGUAUUGUUUUCUAUCAUCUUUUAAAAUCAAAAAAAAAUACUAA